GCACCCUCCCCCCGGCCCCCGGCCCCGCCCGCGUCGGUCGGGGGCUUCUGACUUCGCUCUCAGACGCGUCUCCGCCGCGUCGCUGGGCUCCCUGCGACCGCCCCCAGCUGGCGGGGCCCGCGGAGACCUGGGGCGCCGGGUCCUCUGCGCGGCGGCGGCGCUAGGUAAUAAACAGUUAAGUUUGGAAGACUCAGCAGACACGUUGAGGGGGAGUUACCAAGCCCAGGCAGCAAAAACAUCCCGGCACAUUCCUGGGGAGUCCUCAGCUGCCAGCAUCUGAUUAGAACCAUAUCUCUCGUCGGGAGUGGCCGCGCGGUUCCGAGGCUCCCGGCCGGCGGCUAUUUAAGCGGGGCCCGCCGUGUCGCCUGCGAGGCUGCCUGGACGCUCCGGGCGCGGGGACGUCAUGCUGGCUUCGCAGACGCGCUGCUAGCCCUUUGUAUUUGGAAGGAAGGGAGCCCGUCUGUAAAACGAGAAGAGCAGAAACAAGCUUCCAGACACAUGGAAAGACUUAAAAAUUAUGGAGGGGAGACUUCAUGAAUAGUAAAUGUUGCUAUUCCUCUAUAAAGUGACUUAAUGAAAAAAUUUCUGGCCUUAAUCAGGGAAAGCAGGGGAGUGGGGGAGAGGGAGGUGUCUGUGGUAGGUUAUGUUUAUUUGAGACGACUCCAUUGGAGAUCGCCUGGUAUCACCAAGUGUCCACCGGUGCUGGGGUUUGCUGCCGGAUUUCUUGCCAUGUCUAACGAAGUGGAAACAAGCACAACCAAUGGUCAGCCUGACCAACAGGCUGCAUCAAAAGCUCCAUCGAAGAAGGAAAAGAAGAAAGGCUCUGAAAAGACAGAUGACUAUCUCUUGGCUAGGUUUAAAGGUGAUGGUGUAAAAUACAAGGCCAAACUGAUUGGCAUUGAUGAUGUGCCAGAUGCAAGAGGGGAUAAGAUGAGCCAAGAUUCUAUGAUGAAACUAAAGGGAAUGGCGGCAGCUGGUCGGUCUCAGGGACAACACAAACAAAGGAUCUGGGUCAACAUUUCCUUAUCUGGGAUAAAAAUAAUUGAUGAGAAAACUGGGGUAAUAGAGCAUGAACAUCCAGUAAAUAAGAUUUCUUUCAUUGCCCGAGAUGUGACAGACAACCGGGCAUUUGGUUACGUGUGUGGAGGAGAAGGACAACAUCAGUUUUUUGCCAUAAAAACAGGGCAACAGGCUGAACCAUUGGUUGUUGAUCUUAAAGACCUUUUUCAAGUUAUCUAUAAUGUAAAGAAAAAGGAAGAAGAAAAGAAAAAGACAGAAGAAGCCAACAAAGCAGUCGAGAAUGGGAACGAGAACCUACUGACUCUUGAUGACCAAGCUAAUAAACUGAAAUUGGGUGUUGACCAGAUGGAUUUGUUUGGGGACAUGUCUACACCUCCUGACCUAAAUAGUCCAACAGAAAGCAAAGAUAUCCUGUUAGUGGAUCUAAACUCUGAAAUCGACACCAAUCAGAAUUCUUUAAGAGAAAAUCCAUUCUUAACAAAUGGCAUCACCUCCUGCUCUCUUCCUCGACCAAAGCCUCAGGCAUCCUUCUUGCCUGAAAAUGCCUUUUCUGCCAAUCUCAACUUCUUUCCCACCCCUAAUCCUGAUCCUUUCCGUGAUGAUCCUUUCGCACAGCCAGACCAAUCGACACCCUCUUCGUUUGAUUCUCUCAAAUCUCCAGAUCAGAAGAAAGAGAAUUUGAGUAGCUUGUCUACUCCACUGAGUAAUGGGCCCCUGAAUGGUGAUGUUGAUUACUUUGGUCAGCAAUUUGACCAGAUCUCUAACCGGACUGGCAAACAGGAAGCCCAGGCAGGCCCGUGGCCCUUUUCCAGUUCGCAAACCCAGCCAGCAGUGAGAACUCAAAAUGGGGUAUCUGAAAGAGAACAGAACGGCUUCCAUGUCAAAUCCUCCCCGAACCCUUUUGUGGGAAGCCCUCCCAAAGGACUGUCCGUACCGAAUGGCGUAAAGCAGGACUUGGAAAGCUCUGUCCAGUCCUCAUCACAUGACUCCAUAGCCAUUAUCCCACCUCCACAAAGUACCAAACCAGGAAGAGGCAGAAGGACUGCUAAGUCUCCAGCCAGUGACUUGCUUGCAUCAGACAUCUUUGCUCCUCCCAUCUCAGAACCUCCAGGCCAGACGUCACCCACAGGACAAUCUGCAACCCUACAGACAAACCCUCUGGAUCUCUUCAAAACAAGUACUUCUGCCCCAGUGGGGCCUCUUGUGGGUCUAGGUGCUGUACCAGCCACACUCCCUCAGGCAGCACCAUGGAGCACAGCCUCCUUGGUCUUCAACCAGUCUUCAGUGGUUCCAGGAGCCAUGAUGGGGGGUCAACCUUCAGGUUUUGGUCAGCCUGUUGUUUUUGGUACAAGCCCAGCUGUUCCAGCUUGGAACCAGCCUUCAUCUUUUGCAGCCUCCACUACCCCUCCAGCGCCUGCCGUUUGGGGUCCUCCUGCAUCUGUGGCACCCAAUGCUUGGUCAGCAACGAGCCCUUUGGGAAAUCCUUUUCAGAGCAAUAUUUUUCCAGCUCCUGCCAUGUCCACUCAGCCCCCUUCCAUGCUCUCUUCUCUCCUGGCCGCUCCUCCUCAGCCACCUCCCAGAAUCGGCCCUGCCAAGGACAUCUCCAGUGAUGCCUUCACAGCCUUAGACCCGCUUGGGGAUAAAGAAGUCAAGGAAGUGAAAGAAAUGUUUAAGGACUUCCAACUGCGGCAGCCUCCUGCUGUCCCUGCACGGAAGGGAGAGCAGACUCCCGCUGGGACCUCAAGUGCCUUCUCCAGUUAUUUCAACAGCAAAGUUGGCAUUCCUCAGGAGAACGCAGACCAUGAUGACUUUGAUGCUAACCAACUAUUGAACAAGAUCAAUGAACCACCAAAGCCAGCUCCCAGACAAGGUGCCCUGCCAGUUACCAAAUCUGCUGACAAUGCGUUUGAGAACCCUUUCUCUAAAGAUUCUUUCAGUUCAUCGCAAACUUCUGUGGCUUCUCCUCAACCUGUUUCUUCUGAUAUAUAUAGGGAUCCUUUUGGAAAUCCUUUUGCCUAACUUCUGAACUUGGUCUGCUGACAAUCCAGAGAAACAAAAAGGUUGGCCUUAGUAGUCAAGGACAAAGCUAAUAGCCAGACAUGUCCUGAUCUCUGCCCUUGUUCCAGCUUUGACAUAUUAUCUGUUGCGUUAUUUUUUUGUUGCCUCUUUCACUUGUAAAAUGCUUUUCACUUUCUGUCUAGGUUAAAGCUAAACUGAAUCUAUGGCUUUAAGUAAAUUAAGAUCCUGAACUCUCUAGCUUAAAUGUAAAUGAAGUACAGUAGUUUCCCUAUGGAACCCUUGUCUAUUGUGUCCCUAGAGUCUUCUAGAAUACUCUACCUUCUACUCUUUGGAUGGAAGAUACAGCCCCCACAGCCCUUCGUAUCAUAAAGUUUUGAAUAAAUUUUCAAAACCUUA